AUGAGCGCGGACGCGGCGGCCGGGCCGCCCCUGCCCCGGCUCUGCUGCCUGGAGAAGGGUCCGAACGGCUACGGCUUCCACCUGCACGGGGAGAAGGGCAAGCUGGGCCAGUUCAUCCGGCUGGUGGAGCCCGGCUCGCCGGCCGAGACGGCGGGGCUGCUGGCGGGCGACCGGCUGGUGGAGGUGAACGGCGAGAACGUGGAGAAGGAGACCCACCAGCAGGUGGUGAGCCGCAUCCGCGCCUCGCUCAGCGCCGUGCGCCUGCUGGUGGUCGACCCGGACACGGACGAGCGGCUGCAGAAGCUGGGCGUCCCGAUCCGGGAGGAGCUGCUCCGCGCGCAGGAGGGGCCCGCGCAGGCCGAGCCGCCGGCCGCCGUCGAGGCGAAGGGCGCAGGCGGCGAAAGUGAGCCGCAGGCCGCCGCGCCGGAACCCCGCGAGUCCGACCAGAGCCGUCCCGAGCGGCGUGAGCUGCGGCCUCGGCUCUGCGCCAUGAAGAGGGGCCCCAACGGCUACGGCUUCAACCUGCACAGCGACAAGUCCAAGCCGGGCCAGUUCAUCCGGUCCGUGGACCCGGACUCGCCCGCCGAGGCCUCGGGGCUCCAGGCCCAGGACCGGAUCAUUGAGGUGAACGGCAUCUGCAUGGAGGGCAAGCAGCACGGCGACGUGGUGUCCGCCAUCAAGGCUGGCGGCGAGGAGACCAAGCUGCUGGUGGUGGACAAGGAGACGGAUGAGUUCUUCAAGAAAUGCAAAGUGGUCCCGUCUCAGGAGCACCUGCAGGGUCCCUUGCCCGAGCCCUUUACCAAUGGGGAGAUCCAGAAGGAGAACAGCCAUGAAGCCCUGGCCGAGGUGGCCUCCGAGAGCCCCAGGCGAGCCCUGGCACGAUCCACCUCCAGUGACACCAGCGAAGAGCUGAACUCCCAAGACAGCCCCAAGAAGCAGGACUCCGCGGCACCCUCAUCUACCUCCUCCUCCGACCCCAUCCCAGACUUCAACAUCUCCCUGGCCGUGGCCAAGGAGAGGGCCCACCAGAAGCGCAGCAACAAGCGGGCCCCGCAGAUGGACUGGAGCAAGAAAAACGAACUCUUCAGUAACCUCUGA